AUGUGGGCAUCACCUACAACCCACCACGAAGAUCUGUUCCCAUCACCAUUGGUCUCGGUAGGUGCAGCAAGGGCUGAUCAAGCAGUUUUUGGCUGCUUCUCCUUCGAUUCCGGUAGCAUAUGCGAAGGGGAGGAGAACAUUUGGCCCGAUGGAGCAAGGCAAGCGGAAACAACAGCUCCGAUGAGGGUUUUCGCCGUGGUGCUAUGGUUAGUUCCGCCUCCUCAUCGGCUCAUCCAUGCUUCAUCUGCUUCGAAUCAAUCCAACCAACUCACAAUCGCUUCUUCCCCAUAUCUCUACAGAUCCCGAUCAAAGAAAGGUACGUUCGAUUUGCUGUUGUUAUUCGAUUCAAUUGUGUGUUUAUAUUCUGAAAUUUGGUUUUUGAUCCUGAUAAUCGACUUUCUAUUUCAUGAAUUUGCGGUUUGUUAG